CAACUACAAAGCAUUGCGUACGCUUUCGAUUAAUUGCUCCUUAUUCAUUACCACAAACAUGGCUUUCUUUGGAGGAGGCGGACCUGCGGGCUUAUUCUCUCAACUAACAGCCGGUGGAUAUGGACCCCACAUGGGCCGUGUACCUCCUCGAGCAUACGACGAGUAUUUCAAAGCGUAUAGUGUGGCGAUGCUACCAGGGAAGGAGCGUGUCAAUGUAUCUUACGGUGGAAAGAUCAUCAUGCCGCCUUCUGCACUUGCCCACAUCACACAGCUAGAUCUUCCAUCGCCCUGGAUGUUCCAGCUCCGCAAUCCAGCUAAUUCGGCAGCUUCAACGCAUGCGGGUGUUCUUGAAUUCAUUGCGGAGGAGGGAUGCGUUCACCUUCCGUAUUGGAUGAUGAAGACCCUACGGUUGAAUGAAGGAGAUCCUAUUCGUAUCACCGGCACUGAGCUUUCCAAGGGCAAGCUUGUCAAAUUCCAGGCUCAGAGUGUCCAUUUCCUGGAAAUUACAGAUCACAAAGCCGUUCUUGAGCAAGCACUCCGGAACUUCUCGGCGUUGACCCAAGGCGAUAUCAUCGAAAUCAACUACAACUCGAUUGUGUUCGGUAUCCUCGUAAUGGAAGCCAAUCCCGGGGGCGGGGGGAUUAGUAUCUUGGACACCGAUCUUGAAGUCGAUUUCGCUGCACCCGUAGGCUGGGUCGAACCUGAGAGGCCGAAAGCAGCACCCCCAUCGACCAUGGCUUCUAAGCUCAAGAUCGAUCUGAACUCGUCGUCUCCCGGCUCAUCCCGGCCCGGCUCGUCUUUGAGUGGCUUUGGUGGUCCCUCGGCGCAGAACACAGUGAGCAAGGAUGGCGAUGACUGGGAAAGUUUCAAGGGAAAGGGCGAAACUCUUGGCGGCCGAAGGACGAAAGGAAAGGGAAUCUCCAUGAGGCAAGCCGAAGCGGUACCGGAAGGAAGCAAGAUAUUCAGGACUGAUACCGCCCGUAUCGUUUCAAACGACUCACUGGAAAGCAAUAUCACGGUCCCGGCAGCUCUUAACUUGCCGUUCGGGCAACUCUUCUUCGGCUUCAACAUUUCUCCUUACGAACCACCGCCAGCCCCGGAAGCAUCAGCUCCGUCUCCCAGAGACGCGGCUUUUGGCGGGAUGGGAAACACGCUCACCGGCCGGUCAACAGGCACGUCUUCAGCGAAAGGAAAGGGAAAAGCCCGCGAGGAGAAAGCAGAAACAGCGUCGUGGGGUGGAACGGGGCAAACCUUGGGCGCCAGUACUCCGCGAGAGGUCGGUCCUGUCGGUGCCGGCGGAGCACGGGUGCCCAGAUUGUCCCAACGUCAGCCGCCGAACCAGAAGCCUGCGAAGGAACGCAGUCCCUCUCCGGACUGGGGUGUGGACGACGACGAUGUGAUCAUGAUAGACUCGGACUAGACACGCAAUGUAAUACUAUCAUUCGAAGAAUUUACAAGUACGAC